UCUAGUGGACCAUCAGUUUGUCUCAAGAUGAAGUUUCAGCUUGCCAUUAGCGCCAUCCUCGUUAUUGUGUGUGGUCUUGUCCAUGCCUAUGAUGGUGACGGACAACCGGGUUGCAAGUCCCAAGUCGAGUUAGAUAUCGCAGUUUUCCGAAACAAUUGGGAUGCCACAUCGUACUGGAAGUGUGAGACACUUGACCAGCCAGCCACUGAAUUCAAGUGCCCCAGCGAAACUGGAUUCAUGGAUAGUCUCAAGAACUGUGUCAGCUGGGAGGAAUGGGAGUGGGAGAAACCCGUGGCCCCGAUCAGCGAAGCGAAUUAGGGACUAAACGCACCAAACAGGAAUAUAGAACAGCAGAAUGUGAUUAUUUAUGUUGUUAAAUCGAGAAUAAAAAACUGCACAAGGGGUGGUAUAUGCAGUAAA